AUGACACCCGCAGUUCGAUCACUGUCUACACGAACAUUAGGAUCGCAUCAUUUGCGACCGGUAUCUACGCGAACUUCGUUCCCCUCAUCGGCCUCCUCGAUCACGCGCAGGAGCUACUCUGUCGACGAAAAGGCAAAGGAGAAAGAGCCUGGCGGUCAGCGAAAGUUGAUUAUGGCUGCUUGCCUCGCUGUGCCAGCAUUUGGCGUCUUAUGGCUACGGGGCGGGAAAUCAGAUAUCAGCGGCGCUGGGCGCGGUGCGAACCAAGAGUACAAGGAGGGAGGUAACAAGUAA